AUGUUCUUCGAAAAAGCCCUCAGCGAAGCUCUCCUAAUCCUACUCAUCGCCAUCGGCCUGCUCGUCGCUUCCACCUCCCCCUCAUCGUUUCCCUCCCUACCCGGCUCUUCCUCUUCAUCCGACCGCGAGCACCAGCACUCCACUCUAGAUCCAGAUCCAGCAGGCUCAACGCGAAGGCCGGAAGAUGACCGGCCCCACCGGCCAGGGUCGGAAGAUGAUGGAGGUAGACCUGGAAGUGGAACUGGAAAGAGGGAGGAUGAUGCUAAAGGCCCGGGGGGGAGUGGUACAAGAGGUGGGGAAGAGCCGGGAGACUCUCGGAGAGAGACGGAGAAAGACCCCAAGAAGGAAAAGCAUAAGAAGGACCGUGCACGCGAUACGGAUACGGGCAGGGACGAGCGUACCUCCGGGGGUGGCGAGGAUGGGCAAAGCGGGGAUGGCACCGACCAACGCGGGUCAGGUGAAAGGGAUCCCAAGAAGAAAGACAGAAAAGACAAAGACAGGAGAGAUGAACGGAAGAAAGACGGACAGACUGCUGCCGAGUCUGAUACAGACUUCUCCGCGUCUUCAACGCCUCCUUCACCUUCCACCUCAGACUUCUCCGCGUCUUCAACGCCUCCUUCACCCUCCACCUCAGAUAGCUCAGAUCCUCUAACCCCCACGACUGCCAGAACAGACGCAUCCACAUCGACAGAUGACAGAGCUCCGGUAUCUGCUGGUUCCCAAACCGACUCGGACUCCGCCUCUGAUACGAGUACUGAUUCAGACACGUCCUCUGACUCCUCAGCGGACUCUACCUCUGACUCGGACAUCGUGCCAGACUCUCCCGCUUCUCCAAUGCACAACGAGAACAGCAGCGACAGCGAUGGUGGGAACGAAGGCCGUAGAGAAGGAGGGGCUAGGAAUGAUAGUGAAAGCAAUAGCGAUAGCGAGAGUGGGAGUGAAGACAGCGAGGCUGGAGGCGGGGGCGAAAGCGGUGGUCACAGAGGAUACAGAGGGCACAGGACGGAUCUUGACGUGCAGCUGGAUCCGUACACUCGAGUGAAGGUGAAGGGCGGAGAUAAACCCUACAGAAUUAGAUAUCAUCCUUGA